AUGUCGCAAUCCAACAAGUACCUUCUGGUAUCGCUUCCAACCUCCAUCGUCCCCUCGCGUCACCGCGACGACGCUCUCGACGCCGUAUCGACCACCGUCUCCCCCGAAAAUGGCUCCGUAGCUCCCUUUGCGAUCCCGGAGUUCAAGAUUGGCACGCUGGAUGCCCUGGUGCAGCAGGCUGAUGAGCUGGCCAAGUUGGAGAGCUCUUGUCAGGGCGUGGUGGCCAAGGUUAGCGAUGCGUUGAAGAACAUAUUGGAGGGAGACGAGGCGCAGAUUGAGCGCAUGAAGGUCGUCAAUGACAAGCCUGUUGAUCAGUACUUGCGGACAUUCUCGUGGAACAAGGUCAAAUAUCGCGCGGAUAAGUCGCUGGCCGAGUUAAUUGAUCUGUUACACAAGGAAGCGGCCAGUAUCGACAAUGACAUUCGAUCCAAGUACUCGCAAUAUAAUCAAGUGAAGAACACGCUGGCUACGCUGCAAAGGAAACAAGCAGGAAACUUGUCGACAAAAUCUCUCGCGUCGGUGAUUGACCCGCGAUCCAUCGUCCAAGACUCCGAGUACAUCGAGACCCACCUGGUCGCUGUGCCCUCCCAGCUAGUGAAGGAUUUCCUCAAGACAUAUGAGACGAUCGCCCCGAUGGUCGUGCCACGCUCGGCGCAACUCGUCGCCGAGGAUAGCGAGUUCUCUCUGUUUGCGGUGACCGCCUUCAAGAAGCACAGUCUGGAGUUCGUGCACAAGUGCCGUGAGCAGAAGUGGAUCCCUCGCGACUUCAAGUACGUCGAAGGUGGCAAGGAAGAGGAGCGCAAGGAAGUCGAGCGGGUGGGAGGUGAUGAGCGCAAGCUUUGGGGGGAGACCUUGCGUCUGGGCCGGACCGCCUGGAGCGAGGCGGUGAUGGUAUGGAUUCAUGUCUUGGUUCUUCGGGUCUUUGUCGAGACCGUUCUGCGAUAUGGUCUACCGCUGGACUUUGUUUGCGGGCUCAUUCGGUCGCCAUCCUCGAAACAAGCAGACAAGGCCAAGAGCAGCUUGGAAGAAAAGUACUCAUACCUGGCGGGUAAUGCCUUUGGGCGAGACAAGAAGGGUCGGGUCAAGCGAGAUGACCCGAGUGAGAUGCAUGCCACCGGUGAGGGCAAUGCCGACUACACACCAUAUGUCUAUUACGAAUUUGAGUUCCAGUGA